CUCGACGUAAGGCCCAUGUGCAGGAGGAGGAGAGUUUGGGCCAGUCAUGAUUUAUAUGAGCGCAGGUUUGAGGCUGAGCUCACAGUGCUGCUGAACCGGGUCACACUCGGUCCGGGCGUCACUUACCGUCUGUCUGCUCAGAGGAAACAUCCACCCGUCGCAAUGGCUGUCCGCGGUUGUUUGACCCUGCUCUUUAUCCUACUGAGUGGUAUUGUGCAUGCUGAAGAUCUGGUGACCUCAUCAUUACCCUCAACACAGGAGUUCAGUACAAGCAUAGUCCUCUCUGGCACUUCUUCUCCAACCACCUCCAAACCCUCUUCAACUGCCGGUUCUACUGCUGUGACUACUGGUCCAACCACAACUCCAUCUGCUACAGAACCUCCAACUACCCCUCGUUCCACCACAAUUAAAUCUACUACAGAACCUCCAACUACCCCUCGUUCCACCACAAUUAAAUCUACUACAGAACCUCCAACUACCCCUCGUUCCACCACAAUUAAAUCUACUACAGAACCUCCAACUACCCCUCGCUCCACCACAAUUAAAUCUACUACAGAACCUCCAACUACCCCUCGUUCCACCACAAUUAAAUCUACUACAGAACCUACAACUACCCCUCAUUCCACCACAAUUAAAUAUACUACAGAACCUACAACUACCCCUCAUUCCACCACAAUUAAAUCUACUACUGAACCUCCAACUACCCCUCAUCACAAAACCACGAAUUCCACUACAGAAGCACCAACUACAGCGCACUCUGCUACAACCGCUCCAACUCCUCCAACCUCUCCUCCUGUUCCCAACCCAACUGUUGGAAACUACAGCGUCAAGUCAGACAAUGUCACAGUCUGUCUUUUGGCAAAGAUGGGCCUUCAGUUUAGUUUCAGAGUGAGUGAGAAUUCCAGCUUUCAGACUCUUAAUUUUGACCCAAGUGCUAACGUAACGGAAGUGAGUGGAACCUGUGGAAGUGGUGGCAGUGACUCUUCCCUUCUGCUGAAGUCGGAAGAAAUCACCGUUCAUUUUGUCUUUACAAAUGUUUCACUGAAGUUCCGUCUACAUGCUUUGACGCUCUCUGUUAAGCUUGGAACUGGAAACUUUUUCCAUGCCUCCAAUAAUAAUCUGUCUCUGUGGGAGGCAUCUGUCGGAAGCUCCUACAUGUGCAAAAAAGAGCAGAGUUACAACAUCACUGACAAGCUUACCCUCAACACGUUCGAGCUACAAGUGCAGCCCUUUGCUGUCCAGAACAACAAGUUUAACGCCGCCCAUGAAUGUUCAAUGGAUGACACCAGCCUCUUAAUCCCAAUCAUUGUUGGUGCCGCUCUUGCCGGUUUGAUUUUCAUUGUUGUGAUUGCAUACGUGAUUGGUCGAAGAAGGACCUAUGCUGGAUAUCAAACACUGUAAUGCAGCAAAAUCACAGCAUCAAAUCCUGGGUGGUUUAAGGGACGCACAAGCCUGUUCCUGGACCAUUAUAAAUAUUGUGGGUUUUUGUGCAAUCUCAAUUGGCCAUCAGUCAAUCCAUCAGUCCUUAAACUGCAAUUUAUUGAAAAGAUACAGUGGCACUCCAGGACCAGAGCUUCCUAUUGUGAACUAAGCCCCCCAAUUGUGUUGUGAAGUAAGUGCAUGGUCUGUUUGUGUUUUGGCUUAAAGCACCACUCAUUUCAUUUCUUAAAAUGCAAAUUACUGCUAAAGUCACAGUACAUUUCUAUUUUUUUUUUUUUUUUUAUAUUCUGAAUCGAAGAACAAAAGUUUCAUAGAUCUUGGUCCUGGCCAAUUUCAAUGCUCAAUCUUGGACCUUGCACUUGCUUCUUUAGACAUAAUUUUUUUUUCCCGUUUCCAUCUAUCAUAACCGUAUCGACCGCUGUAAACUGAAACUGCUUUAUAUUCACCUGUCUUGCAGCUUUUGAGUUAAAUAUUAAAAUUAAUUCCAGAAACAGGCUGUUACUCUAACAUUUAUUGAAAUCCGGUGUUUUUGCAUGAUGUUGGUUGUCCUGUAUUCAGAGCAGCUGUGAGGGUAAAAACCAUUUAAACAUGCUGGACGUCCCGUUCAAACAAUUGAAUUUCUAGAACAGGAAAACAAGUGCUUGAACGAUUGAAAUACAUGACAAGCAUUUUAAAAAUGCAGACCAUUGUAAUAGAUGUAGGCCUGGUGUAUUUGAGUGACCCUUCGUGUAAAGCACAAUACAAAGAAAAGCUAACUGGCAUUUAAAUGCUGUUACAAAAUAGUUUUGGUAAUGUUUGAUUACCCUUUACUGGGGUUUGAAAAGGGACAAUUAUAAAUCCACCAUCUAGUCAGGUACUCCUCAAUUUUGAAUUCAAGCCUGAAAGAUGCGUUCUGCUUUUUGCUAACUGUGAACUGUAUUUGCUGCAAGUUACUUUUGCACCUGUUUGAAUUGUCUUUAGUAGCGGCAGUGGGAUAUAAUUUUUUUUGUAUUUUUUUUGUUACAUUUUGACAUGUUUUCAGUUGCUGAGCAUUUUCAGAAUUAGUCAUUUGCUUUCUCGUGUCUCUCCUAGGUUUAAGGUUUUAUUUUAUUUAUACCUGUUUUUGUUUUCCUCUUUAUUUCCAGUGACUUUUUCACUGUUUAUGCACUUCUAAUUUAGUCUAUGCAGCACCCACACAAUCAUUUGUAAGAGUUUCACCAUAGCCAGGACAAACUAAACCUUCAAAACUGGAUAUUUUGUGCCUUGCUUAAUACUGUUACUUGUGCUAGCCAUCCAAUCAGUUACAUGAAUUACUUGUAAAAUAAAGAUGGAUUUUUUUUUUUUUUUUUUUUUUCAUUCCUCUGAGCAUACUUGUGUGAAGUUUUCUGCUUGCAGACUUGUAAAAAAAAAAAAAGGGAUUCCUUAUCUGACUGCCCCAAACAUUUGAUGUGUUUCAUGAGAUUUGGUUGUUUCGUUUUUGCAAUGGAAUGGCUUUGUUUUAAUGGGCUUUUAGCUUCAAUAAAUGGAGUAAGACAAUUGUGUAGAACAUUAAAA